UGAUAACCAGGUAACCCCCCUCACCUGUGGAGGGCAGCAGAGCCGCCGAGCUGCACGAAGAAGAAGAAGAAGAAGAAGAAGAAGAAGAAGAAGAAGAAGAAAAAGAACCGAGCGGAGCCUGGAGCGUGUCGUGAGCAGGACUUUCUCCUGAGACAUGUCGGUGCAGGUGUGGUGUCUGUCGUUCCGGCAGCCGUACGCUGGUCUGGUUCUGGACGGAGUGAAGACGGUGGAGAGCCGCUGGAGGCCCCUGCUUGCCCCGCUGGAGAACCAAACCCUGGGGGUCCACAUCGCCCAGCGGGACUGGGAGGGGGAGGAGUGGAGGGCGGUGCUGAGCAGCACGCUGGGAAUGAACCGGGUUCAGAUCCAAACACUCCUGGAGUCCGGAGAGAGGUUCGGCCGCGGCGUGGUAGCAGGAUUGGUGGAUGUGGGAGGGACAUGGCUGUGCCCCGCCUCCCUGCAGGGGGAGGAGCUACAGUGCAUGGAGCGCUCGGCUGUUCUGAUUGGUCUUCAGGAGAAACACCUGACUCACCUGUCCAACCCUCGCUGGCUGAAGGAACCUCUGAGUGUCCGGGGGGGUCGGGACCUCUGGACCGUGGACAUCCCAGCUGAGCUGUUACCAUGACGACGCUCACUCACAGGUCACACAGAGCUCUGCAUCAGACGCUGAUGUUUCUGUGCUGCAGGAAGAAGUUAGCAUGUUAGCACUUCCUGUUCCCUCGGCUUGAAGUCAAUCCAAACGUCCUCCGUGUGGACCAGCGGACCUCAGUCAUACGUACUGUUCUUUGUCAUCACGUCAACUCUCAGUGCGGAGACUGCCAGCCGUUGAUCGACAGCCAUCAAGACUGUUUAUUUGUUGCCAUGGAAACCUUCGAGCGACUGUUACAAUCAGUGUAACUACUGUCAUAUCGUGUCCCCUCAUCAUCAGGCUGCAGUAACACACUCUGUCACCUGUAUCUCAUCAUGUUGAAUGUUAUUUCUGACCGACAUGACUCAAGUAAAGUCUUAAUAUUCUACAGUAA